GUGAAUUUAGAAAAUGUAAAAUUUGCCAUCUUACGAAAAGUUAUAAAGCAAUUAAACGCGUUAAAGUUACAACUUGUGAAUCAUUAUGGAAUGCGAAUAGAUUACAUCCUGAUAGCUAUAUCAAGCAUGGGUUCGGAUUCCUACCAUAUUACGCACAUAAAACUCUAAUUCGUCGCGUCUUGAUAUGAUCAAAUGAUAAGCACUCGCAAUCAGACUCAGUCACUCUCGGUUCGCAAGAUCAAUCGGUCUCUCCUCUUGAAGUGCUAGUAAAAACAUGCAUUCGGUGACUUUAUGCGGUUUAAUUGUGUUGCUAUGUGUUGGUGCAGAAAUGGUUACCGACAAAGUAUUGUUAAGGGUUGGGGAGUCGAGUUUGCUGAAAUGCGGGGGAAAUUAUACUUGGGAGGGCUGUACGUGGAAGUUUAAAAAUCGAACUUGCAGCCUAACGGUUGAAAACAAGUCACACUCAUGCAACAUAAUAAAUGGAUCCAAAAUAAUGAUCGUUAAGGAAAGUGAUAGUGAAUGUUCCCUAAAAAUCGAAAAUGUUUCCUCAAAUCACGUGGGAAUGUGGGAGUGCUCGAAAAUUUUCCAAAUCCGCAACGCAGAACCACAAGUGCAAUGCCACACCGAGGUUCAUGUCAUCCAAAGAGCACAUUUGGAAGUGAGUGUGUCGCCGUUGGGGUCAAGCAACCCUCGUGUUGCUAGAUGCCGUGUUCUCACAGACACGACCCAACUUGAUGUCAAAGUCACGGGUUAUGUGGGACCAUCAAGAAACAUCUCGUCAUCUGAUCGCGAAUUAGUACAAUAUCCUGGCUGUGUCAAAAACGAUAGCGUGGAAGUAUUGUUUGCAUUGCCCCCUAGCAUCACCUAUGGCUCAAACGUGGUUGAUUUCAAAUGUAGGGCUAAUCAAGUAUUUACAAACGGAACCAUGGUCUUUUCUACCGAAGCCUUUGAAACAUUCCACAAUUAUUUACCCCCUAAACUUCAUGAUCGUAAGCAUGUAUUCAGCUACCAAAAAGGCGAGGAUUUGAACAUCACGUUUAGGUUUGAAGCCUCUCCCCCACCCAAGGAUGACGAAGUGAACUGGAAGUGUGUGAAGUCAGAUGAGCACGAGGAAAAUUUUAUCCAGACUUAUGGUUCAGACUUUGUGAAGGAAAGUGUUCGUUACGCGUUUCCUAAUGGGUCAGCAUCCUUGAUCAUCAAGUCUGUGCCGCCAGCGAGUUGUAAAUUGUUUCACUUCAUCGUGAAAAACUCUGAAGGACAGCUCAGACAUUCUUUUGUAAUUCUGACGAAGGACACCCUAUCACCGUCAACAGCAACAAAAGAUACAGAGAGAUUGCUUAAUUCAGCUCACGCUUGGGGCCUCUCAUGGUUUAUUUUGGGGCUUUCGUUUUUGUGCCUUAAACAGUUUUGACGAGGUACUGUUAUCAAUAAAGAUUAUUUGGUUUGA